AUGGCUGUACUGAUUAAUGCCAGAAAUUCCUAUGUCUGUGCACAAAAAGACCGAUUCAGCCCAAAUCGUCCCCCUCUUGUUAAACCAGGGAGAUGCCCCGUGUCUAACGAAAUAACACCAUGUGAUUGUAAUCUGGCUAAUAUACGGUGUAACGGGGACCAAGAUUGUCCCGGAGUUCAGAAGUGCUGUUCUUUUGGGUGUGGGUGUAGAACACGAUGUGAAGUUCCCGAGGGCGGAAAAAAAGAAGUAUGUAGGUAUAACGGUAGAUUUUACAAGGUUGGACAGAGUUUUCCUGCUGGGGAUGGCUGUAACAGAUGUACGUGUAGAUCUAAUGGACAGGUCAUCUGUACACUCAUAGCGUGUGCCACAAAAUGCACAUACAACUAUAGAACUUACAGACCUGGACAGAGUUUCCCGUCAACAGAUGGCUGUAACAGAUGUACAUGUGGGUCCGAUGGUCGUGUCAGUUGUACGGAAAGAGCAUGCAUUAGGCGUUGUCGGUACAACGGAAGGUAUUACAGGGUUGGUCAGCGUUUUCCAUCAAUUGAUGGCUGCAACAGAUGUUCCUGUGGCUCAAAUGGACGCGUGUUUUGUACAAAAAGAGCAUGUGUUAAAUCUCCAUCAAAAGGUGUCUGUUAUCAGUCUAAGGUUGUUGGCCCGUGUAGGGGAGCCUUCAGACGUUGGUGGUACAAUAAAUUGACUAAUCGAUGUGAACUAUUUUCUUACGGCGGAUGUAGAGGAAAUCAAAACAACUUCAAGACAAAGUUCGACUGUGUGAGACGUUGUACGAGAAGAUCAUGUAAGUGA